GGUUUAGCCGCGUUCGUUGAAGUGUCCACUUUGGCGGGAUUGAAAGCUCAUUGAGGCCUGCUUCCUUGUUUCGCUGGCACCAUGCAGUUUAUUAACAGAAAAAAGAGGCUUGUUCCAAACCCCAAGACUGAGCUGUAUGCACAGCCUCUGCAGUUCUAUGGACAGCCUCCUCUGGAAAACAUCUCACUCUCUGAAUUUGAGAGUUUUGCUGUUGACAGACUGAAAUUACUGAAGACGGUGGAGAAUCUAGGAGUGAGUUAUGUGAAACAUUCAGAGCAAUACUCAAAGAAAAUGGAAGCUGAGUUUAAAACACUGAACUUCCCAUACAGGACAGAAGAUGGGGCAGAGAAACGACGAAAAGACCACAUCUCACACUUCAUUCUGAGGCUGGCCUACUGUCAGACUGAAGAUCUACGACGCUGGUUUAUUCAACAAGAGGUUGAUCUCUUCAGAUACCGCUUUAAUGACCUAACUAGCAAACAGAAAUUGGACUUUCUUCACAAAAACAAUCUCCAGUACAAUACAAUUAGUGUCCAGGAGAAGAAUCAACUGAAGGAGAAACUUCUUAACUCCAGUUACAUCGUCAGUGGAGUCACUUUGGAGAAUGAGGACUUCUACAAAGUUCCUUUUCAGGAUGCCCUUGACCUGGUGCGUGCAAGGAAAGUGUACCUGAAGGACGGCUAUGCAUUCAUUCCUCAUAAUGAUAUCGUCACCAUUGUUCUCAAUGAUUUCCGCACAAGGCUUUCUAAAGCUCUUGCACUGACAGCACGCUCUCUACCAGCAGUGCAUUCUGAUGAACGCCUCCAACCGCUUCUUAACCACCUCAGCCAUUCGUAUUUGGGACAGGAUUACAGCAUCCAAAAGAAUGUUGGGAAAAUCUCCUUAGAGCAAAUUGAUUCACUUGCAGGAAAGUCCUUCCCGCUCUGUAUGAGGCAGCUUCACCAGGCCCUCAGGGAGAACCACCAUCUUCGCCACGGAGGCAGAAUGCAGUAUGGUCUCUUCCUGAAAGGCAUCGGCCUCUCUCUGGAACAGGCGCUGCAGUUCUGGAGGAUGGAGUUCAUACGAGGAAAAGUGGAUGCAGACAAGUUUGAUAAAGCAUAUGCCUACGGCAUCCGCCACAUGUUUGGCAAAGAAGGCAAGCGAGCAGACUACACUCCCUACAGCUGCAUGAAGGUGAUUUUAUCAAACCCACCCGGCCAAGGCGACUAUCAUGGUGCGCCCCUNCCAGAGCUGCUGAAACAGAAGCUUCAGUUCUACAAAGUGUCUCCCAGUGGAGUAAACCAGAUCCUGGAGCUGGUCAAAGGAAUGCAUUAUCAGCUGGCGUGCCAGAAAUACUUUGAGUUGACCCACAAUAUUGAGGAUAGUGCUUUCUCUCUCAGCCACCCCAACCAGUACUUCAUAGAGAGCCAGAAAGUUUUGGGUGGAGGGAAGGAGAUGAAGCGAGAAACAGACACAUCGCAAAGGUCACAAGAAAACCCUGCCACCAGAGGAUCCUCCGCCGCUCCAGACCCAGAGGUGAUUGAAUCCCAACAUCUGGCUGAGAUGACGGAGAACCUGGAGACUUUCUUUGAAGAUGCUUGAUUUUUUUUUUUUUUUUUAUCCUGCUUGUCUCUUGUGUAACGCUCAGAGCUCUUACUGACCUUAAUCUGUAUCAUUGGACUUGUUGAGUAAUAAAGUAAUAAAUAAAGAAUUGUUGAAUUCUU